UUGCUUGGGAUACUAUACUUUUGACUUCUCGCCUCAAGGAGAUGGCUGAAGUGAAACAAAAGAUAGUUUCUCUCCAUCAAAAUCUGGGCUUGCUGCAACAAAGUCUUGAGAAAUCUGAGAUCCCCUAUGAUGAUGCGAGGGUGAGGGUGAGGGUGAUGAAAGAUUUAGAGGCACAAAUCAGAGAUACAUCUUUUAAAGCAGAAGAAAGGAUUGAGAUGGAGUUGAGUGCCAUUUAUCUAGCAAAAGAUAGUCGUCUUCAUGUAACAGCUUGCCUGCUCAGGCUUCAUCAAAUCUUCAAUGAAGCACAAAAACAGACUGAUUACCACAUGAAUGAGUUGAUUAGGAUUCAAACUCAAUACCAGCUUCCAAAGGUUUCACUCCCUGGUCGGAUCCGACGAAGAGGACUACAGCUUGUCAAAGGAUCAUCACUGCCUCAUCUAGUACACAAGAACUUUAUUGUGACUAAAUUUUUCAAGAACUCUUCAAAGUUCGACACUACAAUGGUCGGAUGCCACGAGGUGUUCGAGAAGAUAUUGGAUCAGCUCACGCAACAAUCAACUAAGAGGAGACAUGUUGUGUCGAUUGUUGGCAUGGGAGGAAUAGGCAAGACCACUUUAGCACACAAAGUUUAUGAACAUCCAUCAAUUACUUCUCAUUUCGACAAGCGAGCAUGGGUUACUGCAACCCAAGAGUAUAACAUAGAACAAAUGCUCCGAUGUCUUCUUCGUUGUGUUACUGCAGCAACAUCAAGAGACGACCAAGACCAAUUAGCAGAAAGUGUGUAUAAAAGUUUGAAGGGUCAGAGAUAUUUGAUAGUGAUUGAUGAUAUAUGGAACACUACUGCUUGGGAUAGUGUGCAAAGAUGCUUUCCAGAUGAUAAUAAUGGAAGCCGAAUACUGUUGACUUCUCGGCUCAAAGUGAUUGCUGAAUAUACAUGCUCAGGUAACACUCCCAUUAACAUGCCUUUCUUAGACGCCGAUGAAAGUUGGAAUCUCUACUGCAAAGUGUUUGGUAAAACUGGAUUCUUUCAAGUGUUUGAGCAAAUUGGUAGAGACAUAGUGGAGAAAUGUAAAGGAUUACCUCUAGCUAUUACUUUAGUAGCUAGUCUUCUCUCCAAGACAGAGGAGAAGGUGGAAAAGUGGAAGAAUGUUGCAGAAAGUGUAAUUGGUGAUUCUAAUGAAGCAUGUUCAAGAGUUCUAUAUUUGAGUUACAACCAAUUACCACACCACUUAAAAGCCUGUUUUCUAUAUUUUGGAAUUUUUGAAGAAGACUAUGAGAUAUCUGUGAAGAAGUUGGUUAGGUUGUGGGCAGCAGAAGGAUUUUUGAGUGCUGUGAAGCAUGUGAAUAUGGAGAAAGUGGCCAUGGAAUGCUUGCAAAAUCUUGUUGAUAGAAGUCUUGUUAUAGUUAGCAAACAGAGCUAUAAUGGGGAAAUGAAGACAAUAAAGAUACAUGAUUUAUUGCGAGAUUUGUGCUUGAAAGAAGCUGGACGUGAAAAUCUAUUGAAUGUGAAUGUGAUUACAGAUGAAAAACUUCCGAGGAAAUCGCAGCACCUGUUUUCAAAACCUUGUCGUUGGUUAAGUGAUGCAUCAGAAUGUUUGAAUAAUCAAAUCAGGUCAGGAGAUAAGCGCUUUGACAAAUCUCAUUCCUUACACUCAAGGUGUGAUUACUCUAGUGGAUUUUACUUUCUUGUACUUGGUGAACUUCUAAUUUCACACUUGAAACUGCUAAGAGUACUGGACAUUGAAUGUGCGGGAUAUUGUUCCAGGACGUGUAACAUAAAUAUGUUUGCCAUUCUUGUUCAUUUGAGAUACUUUGCUUUGACCUAUCAAUCCCGAAUUAUUCACGCUCCUCAUUAUAUAAAGCUCUUUGAGCAUAGGAAUAUGCAAAGCUUUAUUGUUCGUGGAGGAUCUAUUAGAUGGCAUUACACUAGUGCAUUUACAAUUUGGACAAUGCCACUAUUAAGGAAUUAUUGUGUUGAACAAAUUCUUUCAUUAGAAACUUCUUCGGUUGUUCAUAGAAACUUAGAGAAUAUAUCUUGGUUGGAUCCUAAACUCUGCACACAGGACUUAUUUACAAGGAUUCCAAAUUUAAAAAAAGUGGGGAUUGAAGGUGGAGAUGCUGAAAGUCCAGAUUGCUUUUAUAAUUUUGUGCACUUGAGGCAGCUUGAGAAGCUAAGCAUCAGAAAGUGGUGGAAUCUCAAACAUAUUCCAUGUAGCGGCAUCCCAUGGGCAACUAGUUUUCUACCAAAUCUUAAGAAGCUCAAAUUUUCUGGCACUAGGUUGCCAUGGAGUGAUAUGAGGCUUAUCGGUAUGUUGCCAAAUCUAAAGGUUCUAAAAUUGAUCCAUGCUUGCGAAGGCCCAAAGUGGGAGACAUCUGAGGGAGGAUUCCGUCAAUUGAUUUGGUUGGUAAUUCAAAGCAAACAUCUUGAAUAUUGGAAUGCUGAGGGUGACCAUUUUCCUGUGCUCGAAUGUUUAGAGUUACAUGCAUGCGUGAAUUUGCAGGAGAUUCCUAGUGGUUUUGUGGAUAUCACCACGCUAGCAUCGAUUGAGUUAAGCUACUGUGAGGAUUCACUUCUGACUUCCGCAAAGUGGAUUCAAGAUGAGCAACUCAACAACUAUGGAAAUUCCAUCCUUCCACUUCCUGAGCUAUAUGGGGAUGUGAUAAGACUUAAGAGCUUAUAUAGAUGGACAGUACUUAAUAGAGGUUAUCUUAAUGCAAGUAGAAAGAUAAGCUAUUGUAGGGAUUCCCUUCUGGCUUCUGCAAAGUGGAUUCAAGAAGAGCAAAACGACAGCUAUGGAAAUAAUGCCCUCCUUGUUCAGAUAAGCUAUUGUAGAGGUUGCAGAGUGUUCAUCACAAAAUGCUUGCUGGGAUAG